GAGUUCCCUCCAGUUGACGCAGAGUAAUGUUUUGUUUCUGUUCCACGGCAAGUUGAGGAACGUGAGGGAAUCCUCUCUGUGCAAUUUCGUUUUGAGUACUUUCAAUUUGAACUAUGUAGGCUGCGCUUCUGCGCAGUAUGAUUAAGCAGUCUUUUAUCUGUGAAUAUUACAGAAAUGGAUUUCCCUAGCUGUGACCUUUCGAAAGAUAUAUGUAUCUCUUCAAAGCGCUUUGCCCUGUGAGAAAGGCUGUGGUUAUUGUAGCUAGUAGUACUAACUGGCUUCUAUAAUCUAGAUUAUGAGUGACCAUUGGCAGUAUAACUCCAGCUGUAAAGGCUCUCAGAAGAAGGUUCCAGAUAUGCAAAUACUGCUGUCUGAUCCAGAAAGAUGUGACAGUAGAGAGCUUGAUGAUGAAAUAAGGAUUCUGAUAGGGAAGAACAGUGCUUCAGAGUCCAGUAAGAGUCUGACUGCAUUUGGUAAAUGCAGCACCCUGGGAUAUUCUGCACAGAUUCAGCCGAGCAUGGAUGGGAAGAAGGCAUCAGGAAGCCUGGCAGAGGCAAAGAAGAUACCAACAGAAAUGCUUGAACAACAGAUUAUAUCAUUGGAAAAGCAGAGGGAAGAGCUUUUGGCAGUGAACAAUCAAUGGGAUCAACAGUUCAGGCGGAUGAAAGAGCAGUAUGAAAAAAAGGUCACUGAAGUGAAAGCAAAACUGGAAUCGAUGCAGAAGAUUGUCAGGACACUCAACAGAGAAAAGCUCCAAAUGCAACAAGAGUGCCAAAGGCUGGGAGCCCUGACUACAGACAGGCUAGCAGAGGAAAUGAGAGACAAAAACACCCUAGAGGAAGAGAAUAGACUUCUGAAAGAAAAGAACAUUUUAGCAAACAGAAAGAAGAUGCAUUAUGAAUGUGAAAUAACUCGGCUCAACAAGGCUCUUAUGGAUGCCUUGCAAAAUCAAAGUUUAUCCUCACAGGAGCCUCAUGUGGAUGUGCUGGACAGGAAUUACAGCAAAGAGGAGAUGAGGACUCAGUUGGAAGUUCUUAGACAACAGGUUCAAAUAUAUGAAGAAGACUUUAAAAAGGAAAGAUCAGAUAGAGAAAGACUUAAUGCUGAGAAAGAAGCGCUGCAGAGAAUUAAUGAGAAAUUACAGUCCCAGUUGGACAUACUACAUUCUCAGGUUAAAGACUGCCAGGAAAAAAAGGAACUGCUUGAGACACAAGUAAAGCAACAGGCUCAAGCACUUACAGAGAAACAGGGCUUCCAUCAUCGCUUACUUGUUCCUCCCUGUCUUAACUGCGGGAAGUGCAGAGCACAUCACCCUUACACAGAACCUGGAUUAGCAGUGGCCUCAUGUGACAUUAGCAAACAGUCACAGCAUCAGCCCCUGCCAGACUAUCAAUGGUAUGUUCCUGACUGGUUUCCGCCAGAUGUGCAGCACAAGGCAAAUGAUGCCUGCUCAGAGAAAGAACUUCCCAACUAGUAGCAUAUGAAGAGAAAGCACAGGAGCAAACUCGAGAGUAAUCAGAUUUCAUCUUGUGACAGCUGUUACAUUAUCUUCUUUGGUUGCAUUGUACUUUAUAUAAUAUGCAUGUAUAUAACAUACAGUGUAUUGGGAGACCUCUGUGACUGUGGUAGAAAAAUAAGAUGUCCUUCCAGAUGCAGUCUGUUCCAUGUGUGAUAAUACUAUUCUUCCUUGAGAUGUAGAUUGUACCAAAUCUGUCGCAACAGUUUGUGUAUACAUCAGGUAUUUGUACAGUUUUGGAAUGUGGGCGAUGCCCUGUGUGAUGGGAAAGUUAGCUGACACCUCCAGGGGCAGCUGCAGAGUGAUACGAGGGAGGAUGGGAAUUCAUACUUUUCCCUUUGGGUUUUGGAAAGGAACACUGGGACAGGUGAUUCGCUGCAGCCAGCAUUCUGAGAGUGCAGACUGUUUGUGCUAUUUGUUCCUGUCCAGGGCCAGUAGUUGCAUCCACAGUGGGGUGACCAUCCAGUCCCCAACUUUGCACUUGAGAGUGCUGGCCACAGAACCCCUCACGUGCCGCCUCCACUGCCUUUCGGAGCAUAAAGGUAAGGGGAUGGGAAUAAUGGCACCCUGGCCAGGACAUCAGAGCACAAUUUUUAUCUGGGCUUAAAAAUACCACCAGCUGAUAAAAUUCAGCUCCAUUUAAGCUGCAAAAUGAAAGUUUAGUUGGCUAUGUCCCACUAAUAAAGAAGCCCAAAUGCUUCACAGAGGAUGGGUGAACUUUUGGAUAAUAACUGAAUUAUAGAUAUAUAUUUUAAAUGGAUCAAAUCUCCUUUUUCUGUGUUCCUAGGGGCAGGUCCAGGUCCAACCUGUAACCAUACUAAGACCUGGUAAACCUAAUUUGAAUGUCUGUAGACCUCUCCUGCAUCUGAUUAUAUAGACACCAUAACUGGGUUGAGACAACACAAUAAUGCACACUCAAGGAUUAAGUAUGGAUUGUUAUUGAACCAUGGAUUGUUGCUGAAAGAUGGGUUUUCAUGUUGUCUGCAGCCAGCCAAAAUAACAACCCACAUUCAAACCCAGAAACAAGCCACAGAUUAUUUUCACACUACUUCAGAAACUAUGGGUUGUUCAUAGUUAGUAAUGCCUUUUUAGUGCAGCUGAAUUCAGGCAACACUAAAAUUCACAUUUCAACAGCAACCCCUGGUUCACAGCAACCUGCACUCAACCUUAAGUAUAAAUUAUUGCCUUAACCCAGACUACAAUUUCACCAUAUAAAUCUGGUUUUUCCCUUCCUCACCUGCUUGGUGCCACACUUUUCAUAACAUCCUGUCUGAUGAGGAGAUAUCUCAAAAACUGGCAACGUUCUGGUGAUCAUUUAGUUAAGGGUAUUACACUAAUAAUGGACUUUAGAAUUUUUAUAUGUCCAGUGUAGCUACUUUUUCUUAUACUGUCUAUGGAAACAGUUGGGUCAGUUGGGUGGAUUUGAUAGAUCAGAAGAAGGCAUGAACUGUCUUCAAGUAUAGACGGCGACAUGCCUUGUGGCUCUCAAGCCUAUUUAUCUAUCAGAAUGGUCUCCUCCAUGGCAGUGAAGCUGCUUGCAAAGUAAGUGGCUCAAGGAUGCAUCCAAUAAUAACUUGCUAGAUCUUAAUUUCUGGUAAAAGGAUAGCCUGUCUCCUAAACAUGCUCUUGUUUAUAAUGAUGUCAAAUCUCACACCUGUACUUACAAAUACAAAAAGAGUAUAGUUUUAGUUCUGUCUCACUGAUGUGCACAUAUCCAUGUAAAUAGAAUAUUGCUAGAAUUGUUUCAGUAUUUUGUGCUAAGGAUCAGAAUCCAGCAUUAGGUUCGGCAUGUUUAAUUCCCAUUGAUUUCAGUGGCACUUAAACAUGCAUAAAGAUUGUAGCUAAACUGUUUGACUUACCAGUGGUUAUAAAUACUAUUAAACACAAUAUUGUGUUUACUACAAUUUGCCUGUGGUAUUCAAUUUGAUAAUAAAUAUAAUGCAUUUUAAAUGUAAUGGCAACUUAAAAUGUAACAGAACUAAAGAUGACAGCUACUUGAGAACAUACUGGAGGUUUUAAUCUGCUUACAGCAUUACCUAUUUUUACUUUUAAAGGGACAAUCUUUAUGGGAUUCAGCCAGAGCUUAUCUUGUUAGUCUCGGGCACUGUACUGAUUAUAGAGUCAAUGGCUGGUCUCACCAAUCCAGGAAAUCUAGCAUAUAUGAACAUAAGUAAAGCCAUUUUUUUUCAGACCAGUGGUCCAUCCAAUCCAGCACUCCCUUCAUAUGAUCAUAAACCAGUGGCCCUCAAGCAGGGUAUGGUGCAGCAGUUCCCAGUCUUCUGAGGUAUUUAGGUAGGCAUACCUCUGAUACAUAGCAAGACUAGUAGCCACUAAUAAGCUCUAAAAAUUGGUGCAAUCUCUUUUAAAGCCAUCAAAAUUGCUGGCCAUCACUGCUUCCUGUGGCAGUGAAUUCCAUAGUUAAACUAUGUGCUCUGCAAAGAAGUACUUUCUUUCCUCUGAAUCCCCCACCAGUCAAGUUAAUGGGAUGACCCUGGGUUCUAGCAUUAUGCCGGGGGAAAGAGAAUCUCCAUUUUAUGCAUGAUUUUGAAUACCUCUAUCAUGCCUCCUCUCACCUGUUUUCUAGGCUUAACAGCUGUUGGAACUGUUCCUAUAGGAUUGGAGUUGCCCCACACUCCUUAAUCAUUUCUGUUGCUCUUCUGUGCACUUUUCCCAACUCAAUAAUGUCCUUUUUAAGGUGCAGGGACCAGAACUACAUGCAAUAUUCUAAGUGUGGUCACACUAAACAUUUGUACAAGGGAGGAGUAUGAUCUCAGCAGUUUUAUUUUUGGUUCAUUUCCUAAUUAUGCCUAACAUGAGUCUUUGCUUUUUUCACAGCAACUGCUUACUAGAAAUCUAACUUUACACAGCAAUACAUUACAACAUGCCCCAGCCAUCAAAUAAGGGUCCAUCUGAGAACUUUGGAAAAUAUGUAUUCACAUAUUCAUAUUUAUAGUGAAUAUACUAGGAAUGAUUCCUAUGUACAUACAAGCUCAUUUGGGUUCCAGAGAUGGUAGCAUUAAAAUAAUGAUCUUAAGAGAUAAGUGCAUUAAGUAUUUGAGCCACAAUAGAAUACAAUUCAAGGCUAGAGAGUUCUUUUCAAUUAAACUGAUUUGCUCAACAGUUUCAUUUUUACAUUAGUUUUCAGGGGGACAAAUCACCCUGACCUUAUCAGAAAAUAAAAUGGAACCUGUACAAGCCUUCAAGUUGAUAAUCCUCCAGAGUGUAUCUGUUUUUAAAAUAAACGUGUGCAAGUUAAACUUAUGCUGCAAUUUUAGCCGUGGGAGAAUAAUGUGAGUAUCCUUUAAAGGGAGAUGGGAAAGAUUGCUUUCUGUGCGUGGGUAGGAAGUUGGCUUAAACAGCUAUGAUAGCAGUAGAUAAUUUAACUAGCAGACAGGGUAACCGUGCUACUCCUGAUUAGUGAUUUGGCUAAUAAGGGUGAGAUCAUGGAAAAUGCUAAUUCACUGCCUUAGGAAAAUCCAAUUAUAAUGUAACUCAAUUCAAUUCAAACUCUCAGCAGGUGACCAGUGUUUGUGGGAAGAGCACCACAGAUGAAGAACUGUGGGGAAUGCUCCAGACAGACAAGCUUCUGUGUCCCCGGUGUUAGAGCCAACAAGCCUCAUUUCAUUCGCUUCAACACUUUGGCUCAACUAAUUAUGAAGGUUGUGUCUUCCAUUUGUGAAGCUUCACUCAUUAUCAUUAGAGUUCAAGAAAACAGAAGAAUAUAUGCUCAGAAUAAAAGGGGGUAGGCAAGGAGGUGGGGGGCAGCAAGGCAUUUUGCAGUCUUGAGAUGCUUUUUUAUAGUCUGUUUGUGCCUGCUUUUAACACUUUGCAAGCAAAGGUCUGACCCAGCAGAUCUUUAGCUGCUUAAAAAUCCUACUGAAAUAAACUGUGAGAAACUGGCAAGAGUAGAAAUUGUAAGCCCUACCUUUCUUCCCCACAUACUUUAUUGUGAAAUAGUAUGUUGUGAUAUUGAAACUAGGUCUUCAGCUAAAUUAAUAUAACCAAAGCAGAAAAAUUAAAGGAUGCAUUAUGCUAUAUAUAAUGUAUGGCAAGUGUUUUUUUAAUCUAUCCAUCCACAAUCCCAGUAGUUCAUUCCCAGUCCAUGGAAGAACAGUCUUAGCAGUUUGGGAUCCACUAGUCCAGUACAAUCAGAGGGUACCAGUUGGAGAAGCCUGCUGUCUGGUACGCCUUAAGGAGAGACCAGAUUGUUGCUUUUGAUGAACCCCCAUAAAAGCUGUAGCAUGGAAACACGUUUUAUUAUUUCAAUUACUGUUUCUAUUCUUCCUCAAACCCAAAGCUCUCUGGGCAGUUUGCAGAGACAAAAAUACAAUUAAAAACCCAUAUAUUUAUACACAGGACACACAGAGACACACUUAUAUCUAAAACAAUUUUAAACAAUCAAGAACAAGAAAAAUCAGGCACCUGAUGCCUCAUCAUAGGCUGUCAAAUGCCUUAGAGAUGAAGAUUUUAGCCUAGUGCUGAAAAAAAUCAGUGCCGGGUUGGGCUCACAGGGAAGAGCAUCCCUUAACUGGUCUGCCACAAAGAAGCCCUUUGUCUUGUUGCUGCUCCCAAGCUUUCCUUGGACGAGCACUUGGAGGAAGGUCAUAUAUGUUUAAUGUUGUCUACAGGUAGGUAUAUGCCAGAAGAGGUGCUCCAUCAGGUGUUGCUGUCCUGAGCCAUGUAAGACUUUAGAGAUCAAAACCAAGACCUUGAAUCAGGCUUGCAACACUAUCAUGCAAGCAGGAUAGGAUGGGUGAUAUAUAUUUCAACUUGUCACUCUUUUCAAUCUGGCUGCUACCACAUUUUGCACAAGCUGAAGCUUCUGAGCAGUCUUCAGGUGCAUAAAGUGGACUUCAGCAACCUAAUUUGGAGGUUACUAGAGCAUAGCAUACUAAGACAGGUUAUCCUUGUCCAGAUAGGAGUGUAACUGGGCCACUAACUGGAUUUAGCAGAAAGCAUCUGACCCUCAAAUGACAAAGAUUGUUCCAGGGGAACCUCAACAUACAAAGCUGCUCCUUCAGAGGAGUGUGGUCCAAUCAGAACAGGCUGAGCACCCAUCAUCCUGUUAGAAGAACCAUACACUAGCAGCAUCUCACUCUUGGAUGGGUUCAGUUUCAGUUAUUAGCCCUCACCCAUUCCAUUAAUUGUUGGAGUUAAUUUGCCACUGUUAUGUAUGAACUGAGUCAAAGUAUAUGGUGGUAUGCAUUCUGUCCCAUUUAAUUCUCAUGACAAUUCUGUGAAUGUUUGACUGAGACAUAUUGGCUGACACACUAGUGAAGUUGAUGGUUCUAUGGGAUUUGAACCUGACUAUACCCAGCCUUAGUAUGUUAAGUGAUCAGAGUUUUUGAACCUAUCUUGUGUAAGCAAACUACUAAUAUCAUAGGGACAAGCUAGACAUGACACCAUUCACACUGCUAGCAAUUGUGCAUGUUUUUUACUAUCUUAUUUUAUGUUAUUAUUUUACUUUAUUUUAUUUGAAAUAACCAAAUAAAGGAACAAAAGGAAGAAGAAGAUACAUAAUACAUCAAGAUCAAGCUUUUUUUUUUUUUUAAAGAAAGAAUAAAUCUGGAUCAGAACAUGGGCAGGAAGUGAGUUUAGGAAGUAAAACUAUGAAUAGAGAUAGAAUAGAAUUAAUUAAAUUAAGCAAAUAUAAAUCCUGGAGAAAUAAAUUUUGCUUCUCUCAUCAGAAGCAAAAUGAGACUGGAACAGACAUUUUUUGUCCCUCUGGGAAAAGCAUUCCAUAAUCUGGGUGGUACUACCAAGAGGACCCUUUUUAUGUGUAGCAGCCUUCUGUAUCUUUGAUAGUAGGGGUAGCUGGAGAAGAGCCUCUAAUGAAAUAAUUGCAGUGAAUGCCUGUGGAGGCAGGCAAAUCUCAUUGCCUUGUCCCAACCUUCCCUGGCCUGUUGCUCUCCAAAUGUGUUGAUCACAACUUCCAUCAUGCUGGCUGCGAAUGAGGGCAGUUGCAGUGCUGCAUUUGGGAACACUACUCUGUCCAGGGACCUGCAGGCUGUACCACUUGAUUUGCAGUCACAGAGUAUUGUGGCUGUAUAAAAUUACUCUCAUUUUUAUUAUUAAUCUCAUUUCUAUUCCACUCUAUAGCUGUAUCAGGUAAAAACAUUACAGUUUUAUUAUGGAUCUUCUAAACUGGUGAGAGAAAUGCUGUUCCCAACAUUGAAAAAUUUGUGAAUUCUUGACUAAAAUUCUAAUAAUCUCUGUUUGACAUUAUAGUUGCCUGUUGCAAGCCUUAUCAAACCACCAUGGCAAAGUAAUGUAUUUUUUUAAUUAACAGCCUCUUUUCUAACAUGAGCCAAUGGCUUGUGGGCUGAGAGUGUUAUUCCCAUUUAAACCAUCCAUAGCCUCUGGGUCACUUCCACCUGUUCCAUAAAUAGCCAGCUCACAGGUGUUUCCUGUGCAAGGACCACAUGUUUGAGGCAAGAGCCCUCACUGUGGGGAACUUGACAAAAAAAGACAAGCAAAAGAAAAGAGGUUUUCACUGCUUUUAUAUCAGCUCCUAGCUAAGGGAAUAGAUAGGGAAUAUUAGAAUAUGAUAAAGCACCUUCUAGGGAUGAAAGCUGCCUAUUCAAACAUAUUAUUAAAUGUUGAAGAACUGAAAAUGUGGAAAAAGUUUCUGGAAAUGUUUCUGCUUUCUAAUUUAUUAGGUAUUUUAAGAAGUGAUGUCAUUUCUUUCAGUUGAUAGCAGGAGCAGAGAGAGACUGUGGAAGCAGAGUGGGGUACCCUUUUCUUUGAGACUGGUAUAAUCUCUUAAUGUAGCAGCUGACUUCACUGAAGUUUUUCUUUGAGACAGCAUUUUGGGUGAUUUUUAAAUCAGUCAGUAAUUCUACAAAUAUUAAUUAAAUGUCUGUAUCUAUGUGCACAAAUAAGGACACAAGAAGAGCCAGAGUAGAUAGAGCCACCAAGUCCCAUCCAUUCUAUGGAAUGGACGUUUCUGGGAUUCCAAGUAAAGAAACAAAGAGGCAUUGAUCACCCAACUUGGCUGAUUUAAUGGCAAAAGGAGGGCAAAAGCUAGGUCUGAAUACAUUUCACAUCCCCAUAAUCUGCAAGCUGAAAAUUAGUAAUAGCAGCAGCAACUGGGCAAGCAAUAGUUCAGGUUGUAUCACUCUGAUAAACCCAGUAUUGGAACCUGCAUCAAGGUGGAUCUGAACCUUGCAAGGAACAAAACCAAAUGUUCACAGUGAGCUACUGGCCAUUCUGGAACUACCUUUCCAUUACCCUGGUGACAUAGGUUGCACACAGCAUGGAGAAGCAUUGUUGGUCUGUUCUGUGCAGAUGUGAUGGGGGUAUUUAUAUAUGUUUAAAUGUUUUUCCUUCCAUAUUUGAUUGGAUUUGUCCUGGUGCCUUCUGCAAAGAUGCUAUACCUAACAUCUCUCCUGCUUUCUUGUGCUCAGUUUCUUGUGAGCUCUCCCUUGGGGCUCCAUCAGGAGGAAGAGGACUCUUAGGAGCAAUGAUAUCAAUAGUCCAGGCUGUUUCUGUAUUCUGCAAAUCAGCCAGGGCUUCAACAAAGUAGCACACAAGGUAGGAAAAUCUCCAAGCGCAAUCAGGAAAACAUCUGGGUCCAUCAGGUGCCUGCAGUGGAGUAUAAACGGUUCUCCAACCCUGAAGAGGCCCAUGCCAGGUGGUGCCUUCCAAUUAUCAUCAGCUCCAGCCAGCACAAGAAAUGGCCAGGAAUGCUGGAAUCUAUAGCUCCAAAUGUUCAGAAGGCAGCAGGAUAGGGAAUGCUGCUCUAGUUAAUGAGACUAUAGUUCAGAUCAUGAAUUAAAUGGAACUUGGUGUAACUUGAAAUAGCCUUGCCCUAACACAGCACUGGCUUUCCUCCUAUAUAUCAGCAAAGCCAUCAUUUGCUGCUUUGUCUGAAGCAUAGUUUGCAUGCAAAUAAGUUUUAGAAUAAAUAAUAAAAUUCAGCUUAAUUUGCUGGAAAAAAUAACUGACAGAGAGAAUUGGAGCAAGCCAGUGGAAGAAGGAGCACAUGAGUCUAAACUUCAUUAUUGUGAUACCAAGGCAUGGUUUAGUGUUUUCAUCUGAACUGAGCUUUUGACUGCUUCAGCCAAAUGCAGUAAUUCUCACUGUUUCUUCAUGUCUCCAGAUGUUUACUGUUUUCUUUUUUGAGUGUGAUGUUCUUUACUAAGAACCAACCAACAAUGUAACAAAAGAGUAAAAGGUUGUGGAAUAGAUCCAUAUGAUGGAAGUUUGAAUUGUUGGAAUUAUGGCACUUAAAGAAGUCUGUAUUUUUAUUUAUUGCAAUUUAUAUCCUGCCUUUUUCCUACAAAGG